UCACACUCUGCCACCUGCCCCCUCCUGGAAAGUUUGGGGGUUCCGAGUCUUUCCUCCGCACCGGCUCUGGUUCCGCGUUCUCGAGUUCUCUCCGGCAUGGUGUGGAGUAUCGACCUGAAGCCGGAUAUCGUCUGCGGGUGUAGAUACCGUCAUGGCCGGACUCGCCAGCUAGAUGUGCCAGGGGGGGAAAGAAGCUGCCACAGAGGGGGCAUUUCACUGCCACGGGCAGCGCGGCAACGUACAGGGAUGUGGAGCUCCGUCGAGUCCUCGAGGUUUGUGUGAACCUCAGAAGCGAAUCCCCUCUCGCCUCCAGAGCUCCGAUUCCUCCUCCUCCUCCUCCUGCCGUGAAUCCUCAGCAUCUCCUGCUUCUCCACCCGGCUGGAUCCAUGAGGCACAUCCAGAUGGAGACCGCGUCCACGGAGGAGGCAGGAGCGGACGGCUGCCUCCCGGCAGAUAUCGCUUCAGCCGCCCCGGGCCAGCCUGGCUUGGUGGGCGGUGGGCCGGACCGCAAGGUACACUAUCCUGAGAACGAGUUGAAGCUCCAUAAAGUCUAUCACGUCUCCAUCACGUCUCCGCCGUCAUCUCCAUCGCAGGCUGGGCUGAAAACCUGCCACCGCCAAGCCUUGAAGAGAAGUCCGCCGCACCAGCUUCCCCCGGAACCCGCCAGGAGCCCAAAGAGAGCUCUCUGGGGACAGUCCCGUAAUGACGGCCCGUAUGGACAGUGUCAUUUGGAUGGAGACCGUCCAAGCUGCUCGAGUUUUGGAGAGGAAGAGGAGGACCAGGAUACCUUCGAGGACGGGCUGCUUUCUGACGAGAUGCCUUUGUGCGGCUCGGCUCAGCAUUUCUCCCACAGCGGGCUGCAUGUUAUUGAGCACAGAGUGGAGGGCUUCCCACCCCGGGACCCUCUGCGCAAGCGCCUAUUAGUCCAUGCGCACCCAAACCUUGGCUGCAGAAGGACGGACGCCCUCUCGCCUCCUCCGUACACGUCUUUGCACAAUAGCCCCCCAAGAGAUAAACUGCUGGUUUCCCCCAAAGGAUUGUCCGCACCCUGUGAAGACAAUGGGGCAAAUCACCAGGCUGAGGGGGCAACUGCCAGCCGCCGGCACAUAAUUGAUAACGUCUUGCACAAAAUUGCACAUUCAGAGGCUUUCUUGGAAAAGGGCGUCCAUGACCUGCAAGAUGGUGGCUAUUCUAAUGGCGGUGGCAUGGAGGCCGGGACUGCUGUAGAUGAGAUCGUGAAAGAACCGGUUACCCCGCGUGUGUCGGCUCAGAAGCUGCCAGAUGGGGAGGACUUGGGCUGUUCGGAUAAAACCCCUCCUGGGCUCGGCCGGCUUUGCCCCCCAGGGUGCAGCAACACGGGGGUGAAGCGGAAGCUGCUGCCGUCCGGCGAGGCAGCCGACUCCUGCUCCGAAGAGGAGGGUCAGAGCAAACGCUGGAGGCCGGGGCAGAGCUGCCAAGCCCUACACGGAGCCUGCAGGAGCACCGACUCCAAGGCUGCCCCCUUCUGGAACCAUCUGUUACCAGCCGCCAGGAACCCCCAGAAGAGCCCAUCAGACUGCGCCCCCCGGAGGCUGAAGAGAGGACUGCGGUUAAAGACGAGAUCUCUCCGCAGCCCCAGGAAAGGACCUUCGGGCAGAAGCUGCGCCGGGAACUGGACGUCUUCUUGUAUCAGCCGCUCCCUGCUGGGCAACUUCGAGGAGUCCGUGCUGAGGGGCCGAUUUCCUCCGUCCGGUCAGAUCGAAGGAUUCACGGCAGAGAUCGGCGCCAGCGGCUCCUACUGCCCCCAGCAUGUCACCCUCCCCGUCGAGGUCACCUACUUCCAUAUCUCCGAGCACAGCAUGCCCUCGCCUUUCCUGGGAGUCGUUGAUCUGGAAGCCGUGGGCAAGAAGGGUUACAGCGUCCCCAGUACUGGAACCAUUCAAGUGACCUUAUUUAACCCCAACAAGACCGUGGUGAAGAUGUUUCUUGUCACGUACGACUUCAAAGACAUGCCACCCAACCACGUCACCUUCCUGCGCCAUCGCAUCUUCCUGGUGCCCGUGCACGAGUGCGGAGAGGGGGCUGCGCAGGAGUCUCCGGAGAGCGGGGCCGCCAAGGACCGAGCCAAAAAGAUUCUGUGCUACCUCAUGCACCUGAGGUUUCACCGGUCCAAGUCCGGGAAGAUUUACCUCCACGAUGACAUCCGCCUGCUUUUCUCUCGUAAAUCCAUCGAGGUGGAUACCGGGAUUCCUUACGAGCUGAAAUCCUUCACCGAGUCCCCCAAGAACCCCAAAUACUCCCCACGGCUUUGAAGGACGGGGAGCGGUUGCUGCGGGGGCGCCCUGUCCGCGUCCCCUCCGCUUUACCCUUCACACUCGCCUCUAUCACCUGCUCGGCCCCGGACCCUGCGCUGGCGGCCCCGCCAACAGAACCACAGCACGGAACCUCCUAUCUAGUUCUGCUUCUCGGACGCUGCGAGGACGUCCGAGCUGGAAAUCUGUUUAGAAGUUUUUGUCCUGC